AUGCGGACAGAGGCUUGGGAAAUCCCUGAUUUGGAGUUUCUCCUGCACGCUUUGCGGAUCAGUUUCGUCGACCCGCGAGGGACCGCCCUGUUUUCGAUUCCAUCUGCUCAGAUUUAUCUCCACGGCAAAGCCCGUGUCCGUUUCCAUAAAGGCAGCAUUCCACAGGAGGAAUAUUUUCUGCAAGUUUUCACUUUCUUGCGCCGGAAAAUACAGUUGCGGGAAUACCGCGAGGCAGUCAAUGCCCGGCGGCUCCUGCAGCAGUCUCUGGAAACCAGUUUGCAGCAAUGCGAGUAUCGAGAAAUUUUAUGGCAUUGCUUCGUAGGCGACUCUUGCAGUGCUUUCUUUGCAAAUUUGACUACCACUUUGCAGCGCACCGUUGCAUUUCAGCAGCAGGUCUGGACUCCACAGGAGUUCUCCGUCUUUUGGGAUCAUAUCCAGCAGGCUGUUGCUGUCAGCUGCACGGAGAUCACCUGGGUCGACCGCUAUCGCGGAGAACCUUUCCGACGGGUGCUACCUACGCAUUCUUUGAUUACUGCUGCUGAGAGCCUUGCCCAUAUCCAUCUGAUUGCGAGCAGCCCCGUGGGCCUGUUGGCCAGGUGGUAUGUCCGCUCUGCAACAGACAAUGCAGCGAUGCCAAUGCAAUGCUCCUGCACCUGCGUGCGGACCAUCCCACGCGAGAAGGGCGUGCUCCUUUGCUCGCCAGGUCACAUGGCCGCAUACCGCACCGAGUUCGAGCAGCUGUUGCAGCCCAACCUUUUUUCUCGACGCUUCCUAGAAAACUGGGCCCAGUCGUUCGAAGAGGAAUUGCCGGUCGGCUAUGUCGGGCUGACUUAUGAACAUUUGCAGAGCGACGCCUGGCUGCUCUACAUUCCCUCUGACAAGCUCAAAGAUUGGGAGGACGGAGUUCCAGAAGCAUGGCUCCAACAAGCUCAACGCACCGAUGUUGCCUUGCAGCGGGAGGUUGGCCCUGCCGAUGCCACUGAGGAAGGUUCCAGCACCUUAGGCAGUGUAAACGCAGCAGUCCUCGAGCCAGGAACCGACUCAAUCGAUCCAAUUCAGCUCUGGAAUACGGCUCUCCUUGCCUGUGAGCGCUUCGACCGCACAGCCAGCACAGACUAUGAAGCGGCGACGGCGCACUUUCGCUUGGCGCAAGAAGCCAUGCAACGCCUAGGGCACAGCGCUAGACAUCCAGCUCUGCAGGCCGCCGAAGAACAUCCGACGAAAGUUUAUGCCUUCCUUCCGCAUGCAGAUCAGCCAUUGGAUAGUUACCAUCCUUCAUUUUGGAGCCUUUGUUUUCCGUGUCUGUUUCCAUACGGGGACGGUAUUGAUGGCCAGUAUCGAACGUCCUUCCUUUCGGACCAUGCCUGGGCAGCUCAUCUUCUUCUUCGCCGGGAUCGUGCCCCAGAGAUGCAUUGGCGCUUGGAUCUCGACUUUGUCGCAGUUCUCUUUUCUGUCUUGCAUCGGCGCCGCCUUCUACGAGCUGUUCGCGUGAAAAUCGCCUCUCCCAGCUUCCAGGCCGCUGUUCCAUCUUUCUGCUCUAUCCCCGAGGCGCUGCGUUCCAAUGACGUUGCUGCAGCCAUGAAGACCAUCCUCCGCCUCUUGCAAACGGUUCAGGGGACCGUGCCACGCACAGAUGCGGCUCGGCGAGUCAUGCGCCAACAAUUGGCGUCCAUGACCAAGUAUCUUGGCUCCCCCUGUGUUUUUUUGACCUUGAACCCAGCUGACGUCUUGCAUCCUUAUACUUGGAAAUUUGCUUUAUCAACAGAUCUACAUGUCCUCGAUCCAGCCCGUUUGGACUCCAGCCUUCGUCUUGCCUUGCAAGACGUAAACCUCUGGCGCAUCGUGGCGCAAGACCCGGCUGCAGCUGUGCAAGCUUUCCACCUACAUGUGCGCCUCUUUUUGGAGAUACUGCUGGAUGUCAACGCUUCUGCAACCCAUCUGGAGCCAGAUGGCAUUGCUUCGUCCACGGUCCGUGGCAUUUUGACACCUUUAUCAGGCGCUUUUGGAUCCAUUGAGCCACAGCAACGCGGAAGCCUACACAUUCACUUCUUGCUUUUCUGUUAUGGGUUCCACAGUCCGCAGACCUUGCUGCGUCGGUUUGCUACUCAGUUGCCUUUACUGGAGUCUCGCCUUUGGGCUUGGGUGCAGUCUAUCGUGGCCACCGCCUUUGAGGCAGUGCCACGUAUGUUUGCUUUGGACGCGGACGCUUUGCGGUCUCUUCGCCCGUUUCCUUACUCAGAUCAGAACUUGAGAGUCAUGCACCCGAGCUAUCGGCAACAUAUUCUGGAUGCCGGGCAGCAUUGGUUCGCUGGCGCACCUGCCGCUCUCCUACCAGCAGUGGAGCCGUUCAUCAACCCUUUCACGGACAACCUCGACACAGGCACGUCAUGGACACCGUGGAGUUUGGAGUACCUGAGGCAUCUUGAUCAAAGGCCUUUAUCGGUGCCAGAGAGUACCAUGCUUUUAUUCGAUUUACGAGGAUCGGUUCUGCACUCUGGCCUUCUGCAUUCCUGCAAGGAAAAAACUUGCUAUAAAGGCAAGUUGGGCCGUCGGGGUUACUGUCGCCUCGGAUUCUGGCAUUGGUUGGACAUAAGUUCGCCCGACCACCCGCAUACGUGGGAACGCUGUCAUGGGAUAGCCCUAUGCCCAGAACCUACCCUGGGUGUGCAGCCCCCUUCCUUGCACGCUUUUGAGACGAUACGACAUCAUCAGUUUUUUGGCCGCGUGAAUCCCGCCAUCCUUGCGACAACCAAAUGCAAUCACGACGUCUCUUUGCUGUUGCGGUUCCCCCCUUGUGCCAUAGAUGCCCCGGAUCCAGUGGCUGACAUUCAGGCUCGGAUGGCCACAAACAUGGGAAACCUGCUCUUCUAUGUGACCUGCUACACCACCAAAGUGCAGCCACAACUCACUUCACUGUGGUCUUUGUUGCAAGCGGCGGCGCAAAAGUCUACAGAGGCACUGCAGCCACCGGCUCCGGUACUACCACAUCAAGUGCAGGCCCGCACCACUUUGUCUCGCCUACUUCUGGCGUGCCAGAAACGAUGUCGCAAGUCAAUGCAGGAGAUGGUCUCUUACCUUUUGGGCUACGAUGAAUUUUAUUGCACGCACCAAUUCCACAAAUUGUUUUAUGGCGCUCUUGCUGCGCAACUGCAGCAACUUCAUCCUAUCCUCGUAGAGUCAGCUGCUGUAGCAGAGCUGGAGGCCCAGGACUCCGUACUGGUUCAGCCGGACAUCGCCCCAGAGCAACCGGAAACGGCACCAGCUUCCAGUUGGCGACUCGUGUCUUUGUCGCAUGUGGAUUACCAGUUUCGCGGCGCAGACCUCGCCGAUUGGCCUCUCUACUUUGAUGCCGCUGGUGUCACUCGGGUAAUGGCUUCCAAAAGCAGUCUACAAACACCGGGCUGUAUCCCUUUUACUGCCGACCAUAUCUGCUGUCAGGGUGCGAGGCAACAAGUUCUCACACAGUCACCGUGGCGGAUACCGCAUUUGAUAGGUCCUCGCAUUCCUGGUGUCGAGGAGCAUCCUGACAAACGCGGCUUACUGCUUUUGUUGCUCUCCAAACCAUGGUUUUCUCUCCGCGAUCUCUUGCCAUUGACUUGCAAUGCAGUCACUUGGGCCGAUGCUUGGGAGUCUUGGUACAACCACCUCCAACAACUUCAUGGAGAUGGCGCUGCCCGUGCAGACGUGCUGUCGCCAGCCUUCUGGGCACAGCGAACCAUUCACGUGGUUGGCAACAUCGACAACGAGUCUACGGCUGAUCCAGCCUCCGCAAGCAGAGAGCAAGCCCUCAAUCCUGAUGCUCUAUACGGCGUGCCAGACACAACCACUGUGGAGCACAGCCAUGCUACUGGACAUGACCAUGCAGAAUCCGAGAGCGAUCUUGAAUUCGAUCCUGACCACCUCCACGCCGACCCCGACCUCCACCUGGAUGAGGCCAAGUCUCCCUUCCCACCGAUUUUUCUACGCGCCUUGCCUGAGCAUGCCGCUACUAUGGCGCCAAACCGUUCCAGUCCUGCAUUUUCCGCAACAUGGGACAUCCUUCAGCCGCUGGCUCGUUCAGAACUUUUUCCUGGCGCUUUCGCGUCGGCCAGCUAUGUAGCGCAUUUCCGGUCCAUCGAUGACAACAUCAUGCUGCACUCAAUGCCUGCUGGACAAGGCCCCCCUGUGGUCCCGUGGCAGCUACCAGAUUAUGUGCCCACUAAGCGGCUUCAGCAAGAAGAACUUGACUGGGACUUGACCAAACGGCUUGCGCCAGCAGCCUUUGCUGCCGCACCGCCCCGCGGUACAGACUUCCAAUUGCCCUGUCUGCCCAAAACAGAGCGCAUCGUUCUUGAGCAGGCUGAGGCCUGGUUGCUCCAUGGAUGUUGCGAUUCCAGCCCCGGUGUUCUCAACCUGAAGCAGGCAGCAUAUCUACUGCUCAUUGCCAUUCUGGUUUCUGGUGAAACUUUGCACGCCUGUUUGUCUUUGCCUCUGGACCUGACCGAUGCGACGGCUGGUGCUCAGCUCGGCGUCCAGAAGGACGACUUGCAAGCGGCUUGGAGCCAAAUCAAGACCUUGUUCAUAGACGAGGUUUCCAUGAUUUCCAACGAGCUGCUGGCCUUCGUGGACCUACGAUGUCGACAACUCUGCCGGAAUCAGGCAAUGGUGCCCUGGGGCGGCCUCUCCUUACGAUUGUCGGGCGAUUUUCAUCAGCUGCCACCCGUCCAAGCCACUUGUUUGAUCAAACCUGUUGCAUCUCAACUCCACAACGCAGAAGCUGCGUCCGGCAGGCUUCAGAUGGUGCAAGCCGGCGCCUCGUUGUGGAAGACCGUCGACUCCGUUUUGAUCCUGACCCACAGCCACCGCUGCUCUGGACCUUUGAGCACCCUGCUGCAAGAACUUGUCAGCGACAAAGGCAUCUCCGACGAAUCCUGGCAACAUUUGGUCGCCCGCAGCCUUGGAGCCAAUGACCCGCGGUUACAAGAGCCAAAAUUCCACGCAGAGCGGUGUCCUGUUGGAGUGCUGCGACAUUCCAUCCGCAGCGCGAAGAGUCUGCAGCGAGCCCAGCAUGCUGCCUUUGCCAGCGGCCACCGGUUGCUGAUAGCUAUGGCCGCUGAUCGCAUAUCCGGCUCUAAUAGACCCAUCGGUCUGACGCCCGAUCUGGGCAUGGAAGCUGCUUCCGCGCACAACUUGACGACCACCGCGAAUCUUCCGGCUAUGCUGUACCUCUUUUCUGGUUUGCAACUCUGCUUGGAAAGCAAGCUGUGUGUAGAAUUGGGCGUCGUCCGCGGUUGCACUGCUAUCGUCGAUGCCAUCCUGCUCGCUGACAACGAACCGCGCCUGGGCUCUGAGAUUCGCUUCCUCUCUGAAUUUUCCUUUUGUUCAUUUUUCCUGCUGAGGCAUUUUGAUCCAGACCCGACUCUACCACCGCACGCAUUGCUUUUCCUACCCAUUGGCCUCAUCCUUCGAGUACCGAAUGCUACGUGGAUCAAGCACGCUGAUCUCGGACCUGGUCGUUUCUUUCUAGGACCUACUACGAGGAGCUGGCGGUUUUACCCCACUAGCGUGCCCACUGCCCAUGCCCUGUUGGAUCGAGAUCAACGGGCCUACCUACAGGUACAGCGGGCCCAACUGCCCUGCACCAAUUUGUUCGCCUUGACAGCGUACAAUCUUCAGGGGCAGACCCUCCCAGCGAUUAUUCUGGAUCUCGCUAAGCCACCGUAUAUCAAGAAUGACGACUACUGGAUUGCUUGUUUGGUACUUCUCAGCCGGGUGCCAACCUUCGAUGACUUGCUCCUCGUUCGUUUGCCCGACCGAAAGUCUUUGAGCAGGCCACGGCCUGACUACCU